UGCACACUUCUAUGAAUUAAUAAACUAUAAAUAGAAAAGAAACAUGUUAAUUGCAAUUGUUCAAAACCUGUGUGGUUUACUAUGUUUAGCUAUGGGCUCAAGGCAAUGUAACCAAAACCAAGUGGAAAAUCCCUCUCCUAUCUCCAGCACUUCAGAACACAACAAGAGGGGUUUUGUUUUGUUUGUUUGUUUUUUAAUCAAGGAAUACUAGAAUUUUCAUUAACAAAAAAUCAGGAAGCAUAAACAUAAAGCUGCAUAUGGAGUAGCAUGUUUGCAUUUCACAAAUAGGAAUAUAAGCCAAAUAGAAAUGUUCUUGCCAAAAAAAAAGCCAUAAUGCAAUUGCCCCAAUGAAUCAAGACAAUAUACUUCAUAUUAAUAGUUUAAUGUAUGGUAAAUUAAGCAUUCACCUCACACUACUACAUUAUAAUAUUCUUUUGGGUUUAUGGGUAUAGCACAAAUUUGGUAUUAUUUAUCUUGUAAUACAUUUCUAAUACAGCAUUACUGGGGAAAGUCUACUAUUGCUACUGGACAUUAGAUAACCAACGAUAUUAGGCUAGAAAUUAUGCACUCCCGUCGUUAGUUAGCCUAAACUCGAUUAGAAAGAGGUCUCCACGAGAGAUUUAAUUCUCAGGGUGGGCAAAAAAAACAAAGAAAAUGAUUAAACAGUGAAUAUCUUUGUUCAUGUAUUUUCAACAUAUGAAUACUAACAAAGUAGGCCUACAUUCUGAGCGUUUUGAACAUACCACAAAGAAAUUACACUCUACCCCGGCAUACGUGAUUUGCCUCACCGUGGUCCUCUUGGUCACUGCUCACACAUCUACACUUGUGUGAUCUUUGAUUUAUUUUUUGUAUCCGCUACUGAUAUUGAACAACAUUUCCGUGCAAAAGUUUGCGCACUACAUUGAUCGAUUUAAAAGAACGACCCUCUUUUUCUUAUAAAUAACAAACACGCUCCACUUUCCACUUCUGCGCGUGGGCCGUCUGACACUCGCACUACAGGGCUUCCCCUCGUGUUUACGGGACGCUCGCGCUCCACUGUGACAGAUGCUCCUCUUCAAAAAGUUUCAGCGUGAGUUCCGGUGACGCCCCGCCCAUCCCAGGGAAAGUUAUUUAGUCUGACAGAAUGCGAGGUGAGUUGAUUGAUUGAGAGAGACUGUUGGCUGAAUGAGAAAUAAAACAGGAUUGAGAGCGAAAUAGAGUGGGAGCAAACGAAAUAUAUCGAAACAGGGAGAGUUCUCGUUUAUGUUUGUGUGUAAGUGAUUGAUUCCAAAACUCCAGCGGUUUACAGUUUCAGAGGUAAGAAAUGUGCCGCGCAUUAAUUUUGCGGACCUUUUGAUUGGGAUAUAGAAAAAGUAUUGGGGUGUGAUGGUUUUAUAGCUCAAUGUAGCCUAGUCUGGACAGUAGCCUACAAAACUCACGUAGCCUUCGUGAUCCCGUAUUUAAUUACCUUAGUUGACUUGGUUUGCUAUGGCUUACAUGUCUAUGAACUGAAGUCCUUGCCAUGUGUCAGAUGAACAUAGAUGGGGAGCGCAUGUCGUCCGGUAACGGGAAACUCCGUCAGUGGUUGAUCGAACAGGUGGAUACAGGCAAAUACCCAGGGCUCGUGUGGGAGAAUGAUGAAAAGAGCAUCUUCCGCAUCCCCUGGAAGCACGCGGGCAAGCAGGACUACAAUCGAGAUGAAGAUGCUGCACUCUUUAAGGCCUGGGCUCUUUUCAAGGGCAAGUACCGGGAAGGCAUUGACAAACCGGACCCACCCACGUGGAAGACGCGCCUCCGUUGCGCGCUCAACAAGAGUACCGACUUCGAGGAGAUUGUAGAGCGGAGCCAGUUAGACAUCUCCGAUCCAUAUAAAGUUUACCGCAUCAUACCGGAGGAUGCGAAGAAAGGUUCCAGACCUCUAGUGGAAACAGCGGCUCACUUAGCAUCCCCACAUUAUCAACUGCACUCCACAUACACUCCCCCUCAGAAUCAGGUGUGUAGCUACCCAGAGUAUGGAUGGAGGGGCUAUCAGGCUGAUGAACCCCCCCACCCAGACUACAACACCCCUUACAGCCCUACACACAUGGCCUGGGAAAAUGGUUACCAGAUCAGUGGUUCAUUCUUCAGCUGCAAUCCCUCUGAAGUUCCUGCCACACCCUUUGGCUUUCCCCAGCCUGGCUUCAGAACAGCAGAUGGCAUAUCAGACCAGCGACUGUUGGUGUGUGUGUUCUAUGGCGGGGCCCUGGUUUCAGAAGUGACUGUGCUGAGACCCGAAGGAUGUGUCCUAACGCCACACGGACAUGCUUUCCAGCCAACCAGUGGCCCAGAGGAGGUGCCUCUCCCACAGAAGGCGGGACUUGAAGGCGGUGUCCACCUAUGGGUGGGGUCUGGUGGGCUGUAUGCCCGCCCCUUUGGUUCUGGCAAAGUCUUCUGGGAAGGGGGCCACACUCCUCACAGAGAAAAGCCCAACAAACUGGAGAGAGAUCAGGCCAACAAACUAAUGGACUUGCACACCUUACUCACAGAGCUGCAGAGUUUCUCUCUGCAUUCUCAUCCUCCGCCUCGUCUCCAAGUUCUCUUGUCCUUUGGAGAUGACAUUGAUGCUGAAAUACAAAGGAGGACUCUCACAGUGCAGGUGGAGCCUCUGUUUGCCAGACAGCUCUUCUACCUCAGUCAGUCCGGAAGUAACUACCUCAGGAGUCAUGACUUUCACUCACACACACACUCUCACAGCCUUGCACUGACACAAAAUGAGCUCUCCCCACCCAGCUCACAGGACUAUGCCAGAAUUGUCACCCAUCCACAUGGAAGCUCCUUACCAGAGUGACCCCCCACCCCAACACCCUGUGUGUGAGAGAGUGUGUGUGUUUUCAAAAUGGAGCUGCACGGCUUUGUAUAUGUUAGAGAGAGACAUGAAUAUGUGUGUGUGUGUGUGUGUGUGUGUGUGUGAGCAGUUCAGUUUGAACACCUGAAACCCAGAGGAUAAACCACUGAAUGAAUGUCCUUGGCAAUAAUUCCAUGGUGUGUGGGGAGGCAAGGUGUGUAAGACAUGGCAACCCAAAGAAUGUCAGUGUUUGUUAGUGAGACAUGUUUAAGAUGUGUUGCUCUCUAUAAGCAAGAGAACAAUUACAUCCAGAUUUAAUAUAAGCUGAAUAUUUGUCCUUAAUGACACCACUAACCCUUUAUGUUAAUCUAAAUAAGCCCAAAACCACAACUAAAGUGUUUUAUUAGUCAGGCCAUCCUAAGCAUUGAACAGUUCCAUUGGAUAGUUGUGUAUGUUGAUGUGUGGAUGCUGUGGAUGUGUAUUCUUGUACAUGUGUUACAUCAUGAAGGUGAAUUGAAAUUAUAUUUGACUUGAAUUCACAUUGGCAUUGUUAUUGAUACUGUAUGUUAUUCUGUUUGGUACUGAUAUGUUAUAAUGGUUAUUUCAUGAGUUUGGUCUGUAUUGGUGUUUUCUCCAUGCUGGUUAUAUACUAAA